AUGGAUGGGUCAAGUGCUCAGGAUACCGCAGCAGCUGCCGCGGCAGCCUUUGACUUCAAGCUUUAUCGCUACACGCCGUCCCUCCCAGCUGCCAUUGUCAGUGUUGCGAUUUUCGCCGCCCUGACCGCAUUACAUACCUGGCGCAUCCUCAGAGCAAGAGCUUUCUAUUUUACUGCAUUCACCAUCGGUGGUUUGUUUCAAACAAUCGGAUACUGUGGUCGUAUUUGGAGUCACUUUGACACACUAUCCAUCGGCGGCUUCGUUAUCCAAGCCAUCCUAAUCCUCGUCGCGCCGGCGCUGUACGCCGCUUCGAUUUACAUGAUCCUGGGUCGACUCAUCCGAACUGUUAAGGCCGAACAUUUGUCGCUGAUCCCGGUCAACUGGGUGACUCGGAUAUUCGUCGCAGGUGAUGUUGUGGCAUUUACUUUGCAAGCUGGAGGCGGUGGUGUCCAAGCUGCAGGCACACUGGUCUUGUACGAAGCAGGAGAGAAGAUCAUUAUCGCUGGUCUUUUUGUCCAGAUUGUCGUCUUCGGGUUCUUCGUCGUCACAUCUCUGCUCUUCCACGUCCGAUUGAGCCGCAACCCGACCGUCACUGCACUGAAGGGAGGCACACCAUGGAGGCGCUAUCUUUAUGUGCUGUAUGCAACGAGCGCCAUCAUCCUCAUUAGAAGCGUCUUUAGAGUGGUCGAGUAUCUGCAAGGAAACAAGGGAUAUCUCAUUUCACACGAGAUCUUCUUGUACAUCUUCGACACCUUGCUCAUGGUGAUUGUCAUGACAAUCUUCCUUGUUUGGUACGUGCAGGAGUUGGAACCGAAGGAACGGGCGCGAUCUGUGGAUGGUCGUGAGACCUCGGGAUCUAGCGACUACGUAUUGGAUGAGAGGCGCAAAUCUACGCCACUGAAUGCUUGA